AUGGCUGGAGAGCAUAACGCCCUCCCUAAAACCAUGGGCCGACGCAGAACUCUCUGUGUUGGACGAGAGAGCGAUGCCCAAACCAGCCAUUGGAACGGCCUUCAUCCCCAGUUCGGAGACAAGGGAAGGCGAAAGGAAGCUGCUAACACGCCCACACGCAAGAAAUGUAUCAGAGCCAACAUUGUCCAGGUCAACUUACAUCAUGCUAUGGCAGCAACAGCGGUCAUAGAAAACCUCUUCCGCAAAAACGACCUGGACCUUGCUCUGGUACAAGAGCCAUGGCUCAACAAAGCCACGCCUUUAGGCCUCAAUGCCUCAGGGUCAAAAGUACUGGUCUGCUCUGCAUACCUACCUGGACAUGAUGAAAACAACAAAAUCAUCAAAGACCCGACAACCGGCCUACAGCCUGUGGUGGAAUAUGCCCGUAAGCACAAGGCCGAACUCCUCGUGGGCUGCGAUGCAAACGCCCAUCACACAAACUGGGGACGCUCUGACAUCAACACCAGAGGGUGCACACCGACGUUCGUCACUGCCACAAGACAAGAGGUACUAGAUAUAACACUUGCGACCGACAAACUGGCCGAAUAUAUCACUCAUUGGCAUGUCAGCAAUGAGAACUCCAUGUCUGAUCACAAGCACAUCAGAUUCACAAUUGAGGCUGCAACAGACUCAAACCCCAUACUCUACAGAAACCCAAAGGCUACAGAUUGGCCUAAAUACAGAGACAGUCUUACAAGCCUAAUUGCGGACCUUCCGAAGAGUAUCAAAUCUCCUCUAGAACUAGAACUCGCUGUGGACAUACUUCUAAGUGGCAUAAUAAGUGCCUACCAGAACAACUGUCCCAUCAAAACCAAAACCGCCAAAUGUAAAACACCCUGGUGGAAUAAGAGUCUAGAAAAGCUGAGGAAGAAAACUCGCAAAUUAUCCAACAGGGCUAAAAAGGGACCUUUCGAAUGGGCCCAAUAUAGUAAAGCCCAAACGGAAUACUACUGCGAAAUUAGGAAAGCCAAAAGAGCAUCAUGGCGUGCUUUCUGCGAGGAGAUAACUCAGACUCCCCAAGGAUCCAGAUUACACAAAAUGCUUGCCAAGGCGCCAAAUAACCAAAUUGGACUUAUGAAAAGGCCCAAUGGUACCUAUACGACAUCAGAGGAAGAAACUCUACAGCUGCUAUCUACAACCCACUUCCCUGGAUAUAGAGUGUGGUUUGGUCUGAAGAGGAAUAAAGAAAAUAAUGCUUUGUUAGUAUUUUCAUUGGGUGACCCUUUAUUUAAAAUACUGCCAUACUGCUCAGGAUAUAGUGUGGUUUGGUCUGAAAAGGAAUAA